AUGGAAGCAACUGGUGCGGGUGGUUCCCUAGCUUCGUUCUUCCCCUCCAUCUACCACUACACUGCGUUUUUGACAAUGCUCCAACUCCCCGAAGACAUAUUCCUGCACAUUCUCAAGCAGCUAGACGUCGACUCGGACGAACCGACGAUCCGGAAUGCUUCCCUCGUAUCGACCGCAUUUCGGGAACCGUGCCAAAAGCUCCUCUUCUCAACUCUGAGGCUCAAACCUCCCAAAUCCUUCAAGUCCACUUACCGGUACACUCCCGGAGCCCGCCUCCUCCGACUCCUCAAAUCCUCACCAGUAAUCAUGGGCUACAUCCAAGGAAUCACCAUAAUCGACUCCACACCCGGAAGCGGCGCAGACCAGCCUAGCUGGCUAUCCCUGGAUGGCCGUCUAGCCGAAGCUCUAAACCAACUCUCAUUUGACAAAAUCCGCCGAUUCGAACUUGCGAUGGAGUACAGGCUUCAUUGGAAUCACCUUAAUGCACCGAUACAGAAGACUAUAUUGGCGAUAUGCCGUUCCCCGUCCCUCGUUUCGCUGUCUUUGACGUGUGCGCCAAUCGGGUUGGUCAACCUGUGCGGUCCGGCGUUGAAACAUCUCAAGCUGUACGACGUGGGGAUGGUGGAGCUCUCGAAGAGUGUUGGAAAGGACUCCUCGACGGAUCAGGGCACGCAGAAAGCGCAGGAUAAUCCGGAUCCUCCAAUCAUUCAGCUAGAGUCACUGUCCCUCCACGACCGCCGCAACCUUUCCGCCGUUGUCGAUUUUAUCCUCCAGCCCUAUCCGAGCGGAAAGCUCGAUGUUAGCUCCCUCAAGAGGCUUUAUUUCGCGCCGUAUGCCUUGAGCGAUCAUGGCCAGGUCGAUCGUCUGGUACGGGCACAUCACUCUUUGCCUGAGGUUUACUUGGAAUAG